AUGACGGGAUGCGUCGGGAAGACGAGGCCGCCAAGCCAUGGGCCAAAGCCCUUGUGGCACCCACGUGGCCUGCGCAUCACCGGGCCUGCGCUGGCCGCCCCCGCCUCCAACACCAUGUCCACCUCGCCUGCUCCCUCCGUGGCGCGAGGAGAGAUUUUACUCCAGCCCUCGUACUUUACGUCGUCGCUCUUCGUCGAUCCCGUACGAGAAGACAUUGCCCAGCUCGUUCAAAUAUUUGCACAGGCUUUCCUGCAGCCCGCUCAGCAAGAUGACCAGCAAGCAGCAGAAGGCCCUUUUGCUUUCUUCAAAGCGAUUUGGAAAGACUCUGGAUGGACCUGGUUCCACUUCAAGGUGCUGGACGGCAGAGCUAGAGAGACCUUCAUCAGGAUUGUACUCCGAUGUUUCUCAGAAUAUUUUGUUGAAAGUGUAAACCCACUGGCGCAAACGAUAGCACUCUUUGGAAUGUACACAUUCUUCAUGAUGCAGCCAUCCACUUCUGCACCGUCACUGUACACCUUGAAGCAUAUCCCGCUUCCUCUUGACGUUUACAAGACACUCCUAGAGUUACCGAGCAACUUAUCUACACCUCAGCUUCUUCCGCUUCAGCCGUACGCCACACAUCUACUGGAGACCCUACUUACAGCGCAAGCAUUUCAUAUUCUCCCUAGCUCUUCGCUACGGGCCCAGAAUCCCAGCGACAUCCCGCGGGAGCGCUUCGUCGAGGACGGCACAGAAGCUCCUACAGGCUCCGCAGUUAAAAAGAAGGGUCGGCCCUCCAGGCGCGACAAAGCACGAAAAGCGAAGGAUGCUGCCGCUGCUUUGGACCGCUGGCUCGACAAAAACACCGUUGGCGGCAGCUCGACGUCAACACCUUCAAAGACGACACAUACACUCAUCUCCCACCCGCCAGCCGCGUCACGGGCCAUCUACACGAUGGAGAAGACUCAGCUUCUGAAUGUCAUCGACACACCGGGAGAUAAUCUCCCGACUCGGGAGGCCCUUAUUCGGGCAAAUGACGCUGUGCUCACACGGCUCAGGAAGAUUGACGAGAUGGCUGCGGAGCGUGGCUUGGAAGUCGGCGGCGAAGGCGGAGAGAAAACGGGCCUUGCUAGGGUGGAUAGAGCCGUAAAGGAGCUCAAGGGAGGCCAUGCAGGCAGUCGAGGUGGGAUCCUGAAUCUGCUGGAAGGUGCUGGUUUGGAGGGGCAGCGGGUGGGGGAUGCAGACGAGUGA